ACAGGUAAAGAAAAAAAAGGUAUUUUUGGUAAACUAAAUUAAAAUAGAGUUUUGUAUCGGCAGAAGAUUUCUCCUUCUCUAAAACCUACUAGACAGGCGACAGGCGAGUCUGUGCUUCGCCUUGAAUCUGUAAAAAUCCGAAUAUGGUUCGAAGAUUAAAGAAGCCCAAAAACGCUAAGCGCAAGAAUAAGGAAGUGGAAGGAUUGUCGGAUUCAGUAGCAUCAAAAGUAUGGGAGGCAGGAGUAGACAAAUUGGAGGAAGGCGAAGAGCUUCAGUGUGACCCAUCUGCUUACAAUGCCCUUCAUGCCUUCCAUAUUGGAUGGCCAUGCAUGAGUUUUGAUGUGCUGCGGGACUCUCUUGGCAUGGUGCGAACUGAGUUUUCCCAUACUGCAUACUGUGUAGCAGGAACACAAGUAAGCUUUCUUCACUCCAUGUUAUUGUUGAAGUUGAAGGAGGGAUGGAUUGGGGUUGUUAAUACAGCCUCACAUCUGCAGAAAGGGGCAACAAGAGGAGGGAAUUUGCCUCAUGUUUUUCAUGAGGGGGUACAGUUAGACCUUAAACCUGACCAUAGAGCCCCAGCUAACAAUAAAACACAGCAACAGCAAUCUUAA